AUGCCUCAUAAAGAGGAGGACCUGAUGCACGGGGGCGGCGGGGGCAUCGGGGGUGGUUCCAUGGUCGGGCAGAACUCGAUAUUCGGGUGCUCGGCCGCGGGACACAGCGGCGUCAACCAGCUCGGCGGUGUAUACGUUAACGGGCGACCCUUGCCGGACUCCACGAGGCAGAAGAUCGUCGAGCUGGCCCACAGCGGGGCCCGGCCUUGCGACAUCUCCAGGAUACUCCAGGUCAGCAACGGAUGCGUCUCCAAGAUCCUCGGCAGGUACUACGAGACCGGCUCGAUAAAGCCCCGCGCCAUCGGGGGCAGCAAACCCAGGGUGGCCACCACCCCCGUGGUGAACAAGAUCGCCGAUUACAAGCGCGAGUGCCCCUCGAUCUUCGCCUGGGAGAUCAGGGACCGGCUGCUCCAGGAAGGCGUUUGCAACAACGACAACAUACCCAGCGUCUCGUCGAUCAACAGGGUGCUGAGGAACCUGGCCUCCCAGAAGGAGCAGCAGGCGGCGGCGGUGCAGGCCCACCAGGGCCCGGAGAACGUCUACGACAAGCUCAGGAUGUUCAGCGGCCCGGCCGCGGGGUGGCCCCCGGCCUGGUACUCGGCGACACCCUCGCACCACUCCCUCGCGACUGGCAUCCCCACGGCCGCCACCCCCGGGUCGGGACAGUCCCUCCUGCCCGGGGGCCAGCUCCACGGCCGAGACGACCCGCUGCUCAAGAGGAGCGAUCCCGGAUCCUUGUUGUCGCACCAACAGGAGACGACCUCAGACGGGAACUCGGAGCACAACUCUUCCGGAGACGAGGACUCGCAGGUGAGGCUGAGGCUGAAGAGGAAGCUGCAGCGCAACCGGACGUCCUUUUCCAAUGAGCAGAUCGACAGUCUGGAGAAAGAGUUCGAGCGGACACAUUACCCGGACGUGUUUGCACGGGAGCGUCUCGCCGAGAAGAUUGGAUUGCCUGAGGCACGUAUCCAGGUCUGGUUCAGCAACCGCCGGGCGAAAUGGCGCAGGGAGGAGAAGCUGCGCACCCAGCGGAGGGCUUCGGUCGACCAGGUGGUGGGUGGCGCGACGGGUGGGGGUGGCAGCAGCGCUCCACCUGCCGCGACCCCCGCGACCCCCCGGCUGCCCCUGAACGCAGGUUUCAAUGCCAUGUACUCGUCCAUCCCGCAGCCCAUCGCCACGAUGCCGGACACCUACAGCUCGAUGUCCGGUAGCCUGGGCGGGUCAAUGGGGGGCAGCUGCCUCCAGCAGCGAGCCGAGGGCUACCCGGCGUACGUGUUCCACGAGCCGCUCCACUCCCUCACGCAGUCUUACUCCCACGCGCACACCACGGCCGCGCACUCGCAGCCCCACCGCGGCACCCCCACCACGCCGGGAGGGCAGCCCUCGGGACCGGGAGGGGCGCCCUACCAGCCGACGACCUCCACCGCCACCGGUGUGAUAUCAGCGGGGGUGUCAGUGCCGGUGCAGAUCCCCUCGCAGACUCCGGACCUGACGGGCAACUACUGGCCCCGGCUCCAGUGA